GUCUGGCUCAUGUUAUUGGUACAAUAAUAAGUUAGAAUGUUUUCCGAAUGCAACUUCUCUUGUUUCGGCUAGAAGGAGCCUCCUUCAGCCCAUCAGUGUCCUUAGCUUUGUUACCAAAAAAUAAGUUAUGAGUACAUUGUCAUGCUACGAUUGAGAAAUCAAAAAUGGAUCGCGAAUCCGUUGAUAUCCCACUAGAUCAAUCAUUGCUGUCACGAGACUCUGAAGAUGCCGCCGACUAUUCUGCGGAUGAUGGGUUCCUUGACGUUGACAAAGCCACAUUGAGCCAGUUUUCGAUAUUCAUGCUCACAACCGGGCUAGGAGGUCUUCAACUAAUCUUUGCCACUGAAUAUUCUUGUGGUACUCCUUAUCUACUAUCGCUAGGCCUCACAAAGUCUGCAGUGUCCCUCAUCUGGAUAUCCGGGCCACUCGCCGGCGCAGUCGUACAGCCAUACUGUGGCUUUCUGAGCGAUCGUUGUCGUCACUCUUGGGGACCUCGAAGGCCUUAUAUUGUCGCGGGCAGCUUUUCGGCAAUAGUUUCUCUGUUAUUUUUUGCGUGGUCUGCAGAUAUUGUGCGUAUCCUGCUGGAAUAUCUGCCGUCCCAAGUGUUUGAGAACACCGAAGUGGUUUUCUAUGCUACAACUACAUUCGCAGUAUUCUGGCUUAGCGUCUUGAAUGUGGCCAUUCAGCUUAUUCAGGGUGGCCUACGCUCCUUGAUAGCAGAGAACUGUCCAUCUAAUCAACAAGAGCAAGCCAAUGCAUGGGCAAGCCGGGUAAUCCAAGCCGGGAAUGUAUUUGGCUACAGCACCAACUUCGUCAAUCUUCCACAUUUUCUCCCAUGGGUCGGCCAAACACAGCUUCAAGCAUUAGCUGCGAUUACUUCUUGCACCCUGGUUGCUACAACAAUAUCCUCUUGUUGGUCAGUUCAAGAAAAGGUCCUCAGCAGCGAUGAAAUAACGGUUGUCAAAUCUCAUAGCCCUUUGAGCCAUUUCAAGCAACAUUUCAAAUUGCGAAGAGUCUCUCCCCAAGGAUUCGACGUGUUUUUAAAGUACAAUUUCUGGUCUGGAUCGCCUGGGCUCCUUUUUAUCUGUAUAUCACGACAUAUAUUGGGGAGAUGUAUCUGGUCUCUGAAUCCUCUCCAACCAAGCCAUUCAAAUAUUCAGAACAACAAACUCGUUGGGGUGACAUGACAAGACGUGCCUCACUUUCGAUGCUCGGAUUUUCAGUUUCCUCGCUUUUCACGAGCAUUGUUUUACCGUUAAUGGUACGGACGACUAGGAAAGGGUGCAAUAUUUAUUUCGUCUGGGCAUUCUCGAUAGCUCUACUCACGGUUUGUUUGUUCUCGUUAUCGUUUAUGAAAAAUCCAUUAGAAGCGAGUAUUAUCGUUACUUUUGUGGGAUCUAGCUGGGCCGUGUCGAGCUGGGUCCCUUUUGCCAUUAUUAGCGAAGAUAUUGCAAGAAGGAAUUGCUGUUACGACGAAGACCCCGCGUAUUUCCUGGCUGUCAAUACAGGGACGAUUAUGGGAUUUCAUAACAUGGCAAUAGCAGCGCCUCAGCUUGUGGCUGCAUUUGUAAGCUGGGGAAUAUUUGGUGCGUUAGGAAACAAUGGCGGGCAACCAGAUGGAGAGAGUAUUCGUUGGAUAUUUUCUUGUGCAGGCUG